AUGUUGUCCCUCGUCCUCACGGUAUUCUUCGUGCACGUCGCAAUUUACCUGGUCAAUACGAUCGGUGCAAGUACCAUCGACGGUCUUUUAUGGCUCCUCUACCUAAAACUGCCGACAUCAACCUCACGGACUGCACGCAAGCAGCAGCAGUUGAAGCGCCAAGUCCUCGAGCAGAAGCAUGAAAUGAACAGCACAAGCUCCCAAGAUGAGUUUGCGAAGUGGGCCAAGGCCCGGAGACGACACGACAAGACCAUGGAGGAAUACGAGGCGCUGAACAAGACGCUCACCGCGCAGAAAUCCUCCUUCGACUGGAUCGUGAAGAUCGCCCGCUGGCUCAGCACAAACGGGUUGAAGAUGUUCCUGCAAUUCUGGUACUCGAAGACGCCUGUCUUCCCACUCCCCGAGGACUGGUUCCCCUACUACGUUCAGUGGAUUUUGUCAUUCCCUCGCGCCCCGCUGGGAUCCGUCAGCAUCCAUGUGUGGAACAAUGUCUGUGCAACUACCAUUGCGCUCGUCGCCGAGGUUGUGGGAGCAUUGUUGGUGCAGGUGGUUGGCCAGAAGGAACAAAAGGAGGCCGUGCCCGUCGGCGUUGAGGGCAAGAAGGCACAGUGA